ACUGUUGUUUGUUGAGCAAGAUGUGUAGGUCAAACAAAAGAGUCUAGUAGUUAAAUUUUAAUGUUGUAUUAUAAUGUAAUUUUAAUUUUGGCUGAUAAGGUCAAGCAUUCAUGAUUUGGUUUUUUUCUUUGUAUUAUUUUACAUAUACAUAUGAUGCUCAAGCAAGAGAAAUUUAUGAAAUAAUAGUGAAUUUUUUUAACCCUGGCCAAAUUCUGACAUUGGAGAAGUGUACGUAAAAAAUGAGUAAACCACCAUCUUGUGCCCCUACUGGGUCUCCUGACGAAGCAUGGGAUAGUUGUGUGAGGGCGAGCUCUUGGACCAUAGGUUUGGGCACUAUAGUCGGAGCGAUUGGUACAGUGGUUCUUGGAACAGAGACACCGAUUUUACUUGGAACUGGCCUCGGAAUAACAUGGUCGCUUAAAAGAUGCAGAGGGCUUUUCCGUGACCGAGAAAAAAAGAAAACAGAGGUGGAAUGCAUUUAUUUAGAAGAAGAAACCCCACCGCCUAUAGAAUGCCUUCCUGAAAUUAAGGAAAUACCGGCGGAAAUAUAUGACCCUUGCAUUGAACCCCCACCAGCACCGCCACCGCCGCCGCCACCUCCUGAACAAAAACCUCAAGAGGUUGCACCACCACCUCCUCCACCACCGCCACCUCCACCUGUAGAAGAACCUAAAUUGCCUCUCUGUGAACCACCACCUCCGCCACCCCCACCACCAAAAUGUGAAUGUCCUCCAUGCAUACCUGCUGAACCGAAAAUAUGUGAACCACCACCGCCGCCUCCACCUCCACCGGUUGUACCGAAAAUAGAAAAAGGUACUGAAUGUAUCACCCCAGCUGCGCCAUUGCCUCAGUGUCCCGUUCCAGAAAAAGCUCCUAUUCCAGAUGACAGAUGUACGUGUAAACCACCGACCAGUCAACCUCCAAUAAUCUGCGUAUGUCCACCUCCUAUCUCUGAAGGAAUCUGCACUUGUCCAAAAACAGAAUACAAUAACAAUACAAUGCCUUCACCUCAGAAAUGUUCUUCCAGUCCAAACCGAUUCACAUGGCCACCGCUUCUCACUUUCACUCAAGUCAAACAAGGUACUUGUACAUGCCCUGUUCCCCCACCAGAAGAUGAUACCGUUUGUACCUGUUCUGAAGAUCCUUGAUUCAUUACAAAAUAAAUUAAACGUUGUAAAAAAGUA